CAUCUUGCUCCCAGCGCUUGGGUCUAGCAUGCGUUGAAGGAGAGCCCACCUGCCCUCGGAUCCCUUGUGCGGUGCUGGGAGCGCUCCUCCUUGUCACCUCCCCUGCCAGAUGCAUCACUGUAAGCGAUACCGCUCCCCUGAGCCAGACCCAUACCUGAGCUACCGAUGGAAGAGGAGGAGGUCUUACAGUCGGGAGCACGAAGGGAGACUGCGGUACCCGUCUCGAAGGGAGCCUCCGCCCCGGAGAUCUCGGUCCAGAAGCCACGACCGCCUGCCCUACCAGAGGAGAUACCGGGAGCGCCGUGACAGUGACACGUACCGGUGUGAAGAGCGGAGCCCAUCCUUUGGAGAGGACUGCUAUGGAUCUUCACGUUCCCACCAUCGUCGGAGGUCCCGAGAGAGGGAGCCGUACCGGACGCGCAAGCACGCCCACCACUGCCACAAACGCCGCACCAGGUCUUGUAGCAGCGCCUCCUCGAGAAGCCAACAGAGCAGUAAGCGCAGCAGCCGGAGUGUGGAAGAUGACAAGGAGGGCCACCUGGUGUGCCGGAUCGGCGAUUGGCUCCAAGAGCGAUAUGAGAUCGUGGGGAACCUGGGCGAAGGCACGUUCGGCAAAGUGGUGGAGUGCUUGGACCACGCCAGAGGGAAGUCUCAGGUUGCCCUGAAGAUCAUCCGCAACGUGGGCAAGUACCGGGAGGCCGCCCGGCUAGAAAUCAACGUUCUCAAAAAAAUCAAGGAGAAGGACAAAGAGAACAAAUUCCUGUGUGUCUUGAUGUCGGACUGGUUCAACUUCCACGGUCACAUGUGCAUCGCCUUCGAGCUCCUGGGCAAGAACACCUUCGAGUUCCUGAAGGAGAACAACUUCCAGCCUUACCCCCUGCCGCACGUCCGCCACAUGGCCUACCAGCUCUGCCACGCCCUCAGAUUUCUACAUGAAAACCAACUGACCCACACAGACUUGAAGCCAGAGAACAUCUUGUUUGUGAAUUCGGAGUUUGAAACCCUCUACAAUGAGCACAAGAGCUGCGAGGAGAAGUCGGUGAAGAACACCAGCAUCCGAGUGGCUGACUUCGGCAGUGCUACCUUUGACCAUGAGCACCACACGACCAUCGUGGCCACCCGUCACUAUCGCCCACCUGAGGUGAUUCUUGAGCUGGGCUGGGCACAGCCCUGUGACGUCUGGAGCAUCGGCUGCAUUCUCUUUGAGUACUACCGGGGCUUCACGCUCUUCCAGACCCAUGAAAACCGUGAACACUUGGUGAUGAUGGAGAAGAUCCUAGGGCCCAUCCCGUCACACAUGAUCCACCGCACCAGGAAACAGAAGUAUUUCUACAAAGGGGGCCUGGUUUGGGAUGAGAACAGCUCUGAUGGCCGGUAUGUGAAGGAGAACUGCAAACCUCUGAAGAGUUACAUGCUCCAGGACUCCUUGGAGCACGUGCAGCUGUUUGACCUGAUGAGGAGGAUGUUAGAAUUUGACCCUGCCCAGCGCAUCACACUGGCGGAGGCCCUGCUGCACCCCUUCUUUGCUGGCCUGACCCCUGAGGAGCGGUCCUUCCACACCAGCCGCAACCCGAGCAGAUGACAGGCGUAGGCUACCGCAGGAGCCGAAGAGUGGGACGGGGCCACCCGGCCUUUUCUCCAACCCCCACCACCAGGCCCCGGGGCCAGAGCCACCCAACGAACAGUGCAAUGUGAAGGAAGGCAGGAGCCUGCAGGGGACGAGACUUGACGCCCGCCCAGCUGCCAGAAAGCACAGAUUUGCCCCAAGCUAUUUAUAUGUUGUAAAGUUAUAAUAAAGUGUUUCUUACUGUUUGUAACCCCUGGUACCAGUGUGUCCGUCUCCAGGCUCCUUGCCAUCCCCACUCCCGGCCUUCUUAAUAAAGUCUUUCUUAGCAGUUCA